CAACAACCAACCGCUCGCUGCUUUUCCUCGUCUCAUCCCAGCAGACCGAGCCAACACCAGCCAGCCACCACCCAUGUCUGAUCGACGUGGGCAGCAGCAUGCUGCUGCGGAGAUGGACAUGUCUGGCAUGAUGAGCGACAUGCUCUCGUUUAUGGAUGACGAUGAAGGCGAUAUGGUGCCAUCGCAUGUGAAUCUGGACGCCAUGCUGGACUUCAAGGAUGCUGGUGACAGCCUCCUUGGCGGUGGCAGCCUUUGGAGCCUCAGCGCACAGGAAGAGGAGGAUUUCAAUGCAGAGUUUGCCCGUGAGUACCAGAAGCUGUGGUCCGAUGUGGGUGCCCAGGAGGAGCCGGAAACGACCGCAGAUGUCUGGGGCGCUCCAGCUGCACAGCUGUACGCUCAACAGCAGGCCAUGCCACAACAACAGCAGCAACAGCAACAACCACAGCAACAGAACGCCCAGGCGGCAGCGCCCGCAGCAGCACCGUCUGCGCUGUUGCAGUCGCUGCAAGUCGGGGGCCCAGUGCCGCAACUGCAGCAGAAGGAGGAGGCCGUCCCCAUGAGCAUCGAAGAGCUUGAGCAACAGAUGAUGCAAGCCGGCGUCUCUGCUGCGCCCGAGCCCAAGCCCGCGGAGCCCAGUGCGAAGAAGGCAGAGGCCAAGAAAGGCGAGGCAGCGGCAGCAGCAACGGCAACAGUGAAGGAGGCAGAGGCAAAGAAGGGCCCGUCCCUGGCUGUUCCGAAAUCGCGGGAAAUGACGGAGGUGCCCGAGGACGAGCGCGCACCGCCACCAGACUUCCUGCCAGUGGGAUUCAAGGGGUUUCAUUUGCGCGACGAGGACAUCAAGCGCGAGACGGACCUCAUGAGCAAAUACAUGGAAAAGCUGACAAGCAUCAUGCUGGCCAUCCACGCCAAGUGCGCUAUGCACGAGUACGAGCGCAACAAGAUCCGCCGCAAACACGAGGCUGCACGCGCUGCCGGCAACGUGCCGCGCGAGAUGCUGGACAGAUUUGAACGCGCCCACUACCACGAGCACCAGGCGUUCCGUCGUGCGUUCUUCGACUUCAAGCAGCUGGAGGCAGCGCAGCAUCUCGCCAGGAAACACCUGUACGAGUACGUUGCUGCGUGUCUGGAUGAAGAUUCGCGCCUGCGCCUCUUUGUUCUUCGCGAGCUCGCUGUCAAGCGCAUGAUGGACACCAUCACCGCACGCAUGCGCCAGCUCUCCUCCCAGGCAAACAAGGCCACAGACCAGUACAAGGAGAAGCUGAGGGAGGUUGCGUCGAACCCGGCCGCCCGCAGAGAGAUGCGCAAGAUGCAGCUGGAGUAUCUUCAGCUCACGCAGGAGCUCGAGUUCUUCGUCUCCCUUCGGAAACCUGUGCUUGCGGAGGCGCGAUUUGUGCGCGGAUAUCUCCGCCUGCACCGCCAGCUCAAGGAGCAGCACCUCGCUGCGUCUGAGCAGAAGAUUGACCGGCGGCAGGUGUACUCGAACCUCAUGCGCCCCUCGGAGCGCACAUGGCUCUACAACGUCCAGAUGAAGCAGGCGGAGACGGAGAACCCGUAUCUCGACGACUUCUACUACCACGUUGGCUGCGGGUUUGUGCUGCAGAUCUUCAUGGUUGCCCAGCACGUCUUCAAGAUGGCCCCGGCCCAGCUGCCCAUGUGGGUGGCUGAGGUGAAGCUGUUUGGCAAGGAGGUGGCAGAUCCGCUCGGCCGCCGCGUCGCCACCAUGUCCCAGCGCGAGUGCGAGCAGGCGCUCGUCCUUCUGGAGGGGAUCAAGGUCGUCACUUCCGGCGAAGUGCAGCACCCAGACCUCGCACAGAAGCUCCAGGACCGCCGUGCCGCUGUGAUGCAGGAAGCCGGAGAUGAAGAAGACGAGGAGGGCGAAGAAGGCAAAGAAGAAGGCAAAGAAGAAGGCAAAGAAGCUGCUUCCUCCCAGGCCUAA